AUGCGAAUCUCCAGCGACGAGCACACCUUCCACGACGACGACCUAGACAGCCGGACUCCUCCUGCCAGGCAGCUUCCCCCAAUGUGCAGUGCACCUGGUUCUGAGAGCCCCCACGGUGAGAAGGGCGAUGAGGGUGGCUUUGAGGCUGUGGCAGAGCCCGAGGCACCUCCGAAGCAAGAGGAGGAGGCCGCGGGCGUCUUCGAGAUUCGCGACUUCACCAACGCAUCCGCCUUCGAGCGCCUCUCGCACCAGAUCUCACUGGCGGCCAAGCGUUGGGCGGCGGCUCUCAAAGAUGCACAGGUGGGAAGCAACGAGGACGUGCUGCAGAUGAAGGAGAGCUUCGACCAUGCCAACUUCCGGUACUACAGCCAGCGGGGUUUGGUAACAACUGCGGUGUACUGCACGCUUCAGAAUGUGAAGAAGCGCAAUGGUUGCAGGUACGAGCUGUUCUUCCACUUGGCUCCUAUGGGAACGGCAGAGAAGAAGGAUCGCCUGGGACUUCACGCGUUUCCAACCCGUGCCCACCGAGUGCAGAGGUGGUUCGGGGUGAGGCACUUCGUGUUUGUCUCGCUGCACAACCACAACAUCGACAUCGACAGCGCCAGGACGAUGCUGGGUGCUGCGGCCCUGGCAGUGCGCAGUGCAAGCUUCCCGCUGCCCCUCAGCUGCUUCGUUCCAAUCGACGGAGGCCGGAGGCGCGUGCUGGGCGAGCUGCUUGACAGCCGGUGCCGUGUGCUCUACACCACCGACCUCCAGCAUACGGUAAGCGGUACCUUCGACAACCUUACGGGACUCGCGGACUUCUUCUGGCAGAAGAUGGAGGCGAGCCCCCAAGAUCCGCAGAACACGCUCAUGGUCGGGGCUCGCUUUACGUACUCGGCUGAUACCUUUGACCCGCUGCCACUGGAAGGUGAGUUGAAUGCGCGGGCUGGGGACGAUCCGGUCGAGUCCUGCAAGCUGCACUGCCUUUGGCCAUCGUUUCCCUUCGGGGCCUUUGGUGACGAUUCGAAUUUCUCAGAGCUGGACGCCAGAGCGGCGCCCUUCUGGAAGCUUCGUGUCCUUCGGAAGGACUCCACAGCCUUGCCUCUUACGGGCAGGUUGCGCAUUCUGCUGGAUUUCCGGAAGGAGGCUCAGACCGUGCGCUCGGCUGAACACAGCCUGCAGCCUUCCGUGCCAAAGACCGCGAUGGCUUCCCUUACGGCGACGAUUCAGGAGUCCUUGGAAUCCAUCUUGCUGCCCACGGGCGGCGAGAUGCUGCAAAUGGUGGAGAGCUGCAUGAGCUGCCCCGUUUUUCAUGACAACCCCGUGCCCCUUUCUCCGCUGAGGAAAGCCGUGCAGGGUGCGCGGGCGGGUGAUCGCCUCUCACGACUAGCAGAGUAUAGCUCGACCAUGCGGUGCUUCAAGGGCAGCGUGAUGCUUUGGUGUGGUAUCCUGGCGCGCAUGCGCAGCCAAUGGGACGCCUUGGAGGCCCCCGAAGGCCCGCAAGCACCCACACAUCGAGUCAAUGCGAGGGGCACGCGCACGGAGUUCUUCGACCUGGGCGUGUGCUUGGUGCAGCAGAAGCUGGAGCUCCUCCAGCGCAGCAUCUCGGAGCAGAGGAGGAACCUCCAGUCUGCUCCUGGGUUUACAGUUUGCUGUUUCGGGGGGUUUAGGUAA